AUGCAUUAUGUGCAUUAUCAAGAAUUUGCAGAACAGGAUCGCGCCGCACACUUGAAACGCCCAAACGUGGAAACUGUUUUACGCGGGAAACGGCAUAUUUCCACAAAGCAUGAAGCUCAUCCCACUGCACAAAGCCGUGGACAUCCUGCGAUGAAACCGAUAAAGCCGGAGCGAUCAUCUGAAGGAGCUGUGUGUAAAUAUGCAGUGCUUGCUUCAAGUCAGAUGUUGCAAACAUCAUAUAAGGCUAAUCCAACGACACUGUCAGUUAAUAAAACGCCGAUACGGAUCCCACCGGAGACAGCAGUACCGAGAGUUGCGCUUACUCCAAAAGUUUUUCCCUCACAGGUAACAAAUGCAGGGAAAAACGAAAUGAUCCGUAUGAUGGAAAAACGGGUGAACGCUGUAAUAAAGAAUAAGGAAGAGCUGAUGAGGGAGAAAGCCGAUCGUGCCAGAAGGUCAGUCGAAAUAGCUGUUUUUUCCGCUGGCCCACUUGUAUUAUGA